AAAACGUGUUUUCAAAGGUGCUAUGAGGGUUGUUUUUGUAAAGAAAAAGGAGAAGAUCUAUCCAUGGGGAUUAACUUAAAAUGUGAAAGAUUUCAUCUCAGGGCUAUUGGAAGAAGAUCGCGAUACAUUUGUCCGUCGAAGUGAAAGCAGCAAAUUUAAGCAAAGCAUUGAAGGGAGAAAGAUUAAUCAACGCCCAGCAAAAAUGUAUCCUAUGGUGUCAAGAACAUGCUUUUUCUUUGGUCUGAUACAACUUUUGGUGGCUCAAAACUUUCAUGUCAUCGAUGAAAGGAUAGCAUCUGGAAUAUAUGAUAAAAGAAUUCGACCUAAGCUAAACGAAGAUACUGUUCGUGUAACCACACAAAUUCACUUAUUGUAUCUUGGUCCGGUAGACGAAAAAACAUUUAAAAAUUUACAUUUUAAAGAAAAAGAGACUUUCAGUAAGUCUUAUGCCGCUGCAUGCUGUUCCUAUUCAAACAUCUUUCAUCGCAGCACCUAUCCGACGUAUGAGAUUGGAUAUUACCAUCGCUCGUGGUGGAAUGAUCCAAGAUUAAAAUUUAACACCUCAAUCGGGGCCAUCACUUACACAAAGCCACCAGCUGAUUUCAUCUGGAUUCCUGAUGGUGCUGUAACUAACGCGAAGAAGAUUGAGCGAUUUGUCACAUCUGUGCGUACGGUGUUAAGUCCAAACGGAGACGUUUAUGUUUCGCAAAGAAUGAAAGCUGUUUGUUCAUGUCCCAUGGACCUCGACGAGUUUCCCAUGGAUACGCAGAAAUGUCCUUUUUAUAUGGAAAGUUUUAGUUACAAGUCAACAGAUAUGGAACUUGUGUGGCAUAAAACACCAAUCAUUAAAGAAAAUACUGAUCUCGAAGGAUACGUGCUUGAAAAUAUCGAAUAUACAAGUUAUCUGAAAGGUUACAUUAUAAACAAUGUUACAGAACAUUACAACAAUCUUGUAUUAACCUUUGUGGUGAAGAGAACUUUCGCGUUUUAUUUUUAUCGUAUGUACGCUCCCACUGUUGUACUGAUGCUGUUCAACUUUGGUUCCUUCUGGAUCCCACCAUCUGCUGUACCAGCUCGUGUAGCACUCAUUGUCACUACUUUAUUGACCAAUGUUGUCAUACUGCAAAGUGUGACAGAGCAAAUUGUGAAAGUUGAAUAUGUAACAGCUAUGCAGUUGUUUUUGUUGGUCAACAUUUUGUUUGUGUUACUUGCUGUCCUGGAGUAUUUAGUUGUGUUGGCUUUAGAGAAAAGAGUAUCUCAGCGACAGUCAUCAGAAAAGGAGACCGAAAAAUCAGGCAUCGCAAAUGAAACCUUCAAGUUAGAAGUCGAAAAUGAAAAUACAACUACUGCGAAACCAAUCACAGAGGGGUUUUCUCCAAAGAACUUUAAAUCCAAGUUGAUUAAUCCACAAAAGAUAGACCACCUGUCUCGAGCAAUUCACCCUUUACUUUAUUGUGUAUUCUGCGCUGUCUAUUUUGGUUACUAUAAAAAAUGACUGAUUUACAUUAUUUGCAACAAGGAGGAUAAAGUACCUACGGAAAUUUUCAUGGGGCAUAACUUUUGUUCUAGAUGUAGUUGAGUGCUGAUAUAUUGUGGCUUUUCCUAACUUUUAUUAGGGCUUGUGAUGAAAAAACAUUUUUUUGCAAAUUUUUUAUACAUUGCAAGGGUAUUGAAUUUUGAAACAUCCUAACAUGCAUGUAUGAUGUUAUCGACUAGUCACCUUAUAUUAAUAGGCUACUUCCGCGUUUCUGUCUGUAACAGGCAAAGUAGAUAUGUUCAUAUUUCUUUGAAGAAUCUGAAAAGGUAAGUCUUUAAUGUGAAAUUUUCUGACGUUAUGGCAUGACGCCAAUACAUUGAUUUAACGUCAAUAGCUUAUUUAAAUAAAAUUGAACUAUUACAA